GAUGCUGAGAAUCAGCUCUCUGGAGUAAAUCCUUCCAUGGUGUUGGAGGGGGAAGUGUGCCAGCCCCUCUCCCGCAGGCAGGACCCCGGAGCCUGGGAAGGAUCAGACCCGUGCGGGCAGCGCUGGGGCUGAAGAAGGGGUUAAUACUGGGAGAGCAACAGGCUAGAGUUGACACUCGGAGGCAGGCGGGGCUGCCGGCGCCUGAUUGGCCUCAAAUCGUAUCCAAAAGUGGGUUGGGGAUAUUUUUUUUAGGUUUUUUCCCCUCUUUUUUCUAUUUUUUUCCCCUUCUCUACUUCUUCGUCUUCUUUUUAUUUUUAUUUUUUUUUAUUUCCCUUGUUUUGGGGGGAGGAUAUUUUUUGAAUUUCUUUACGUGGCUUUUUUUUUUUUUUUUUUUUUUUUGGUCGAGUUUCUCUCUCUCUCUCUCUCUCCCUCUCUCUCUUUCACUUCUCCUCCUCCCCCAGGCUCCGGCUGGCAGGGGAGGGGAGUGGGGAGAACAGCGAGAGAUCAAAAAUAAACCUCUUAUGUCAAAGCCGGGGGGAGAAAGUAUAAAUACAGCGGGCUCGGCGGCCGGCGCGGAGGCUGCGGGGGAAGAGCCCGGGGGGUGCGGGGCCGUGCCGGGAUGGGGCGGCGGGCGCUGCUGGGCGGCCGGGCCCCCCUCCACCUCCACCUGCUGCUGCUGUGCCACGCCUGGGCGCUGCCGCCGCCGCCUCCUCCGCGGGAUGCGCAGCCCGUGCUGCCCGCCCGCCUGCCCGCACCCUCGGGACAGCUGGCCCUGCGCCUGGCCGCCUUCGGCCGCGCCGUGGUCCUCCGCCUCCGCCCCGACAACGCGUUCCUGGCCCCCCGCCUCCGCCUCCAGCGCCUGGGCGGCCGCCGCCCGCCGCCUCCGCCGCGCCGGGGCUGCUUCUACUCGGGCGCCGUCGAGGGGAGCCCCGGCAGCCCCGCCGUGCUCAGCAGCUGCGGCGCCGGCGGGCUCAGAGCCGCUUUCCUGCUGGACGGGGCGGCCUACGAGCUGCAGCCGCUCGGGCUGGCGGUGCCCGGGCCGCCCUGGAGGAGGCUGCACCGGCUGAAGCGGCGCUCGGCCCCGCCGGGAGCGCGCCCCGCCCGCGGCGCCGGCGCCGCUCCGCUCCGCAGGGCCCCGCGCUUCGUGUCGCAGCCGCGCUUCGUGGAGACGCUGCUGGUGGCUGACGAGUCCAUGGUGCGGUUCUACGGGGAGGAUGUGGAGACCCACAUCCUGACCCUGAUGUCCAUGGCAGCUCACAUCUACAAGCAUCCCAGCCUGAGGAACUCCAUCAGCCUGGUGGUGGUGAAGGUGCUGGUGGUGGAGGAGGCGGCGGCAGGGCCGGAGGUGUCCGACAACGGCGGCCUCACCCUGAGGAACUUCUGCAGCUGGCAGCAAAGGUUCAACCCCCCGAGUGACCGGCACCCAGAGCACUACGACACUGCCAUCCUCCUCACCAGACAGGAUUUCUGUGGACACCAGAGCUGUGACACGCUGGGAGUGGCAGAUAUCGGCACCAUGUGCGACCGCAACAAGAGCUGCUCCGUGAUCGAGGAUGAGGGCCUGCAGGCAGCCUACACCCUGGCUCAUGAACUGGGCCAUGUGCUCAGCAUGCCCCACGACGACUCCAAGAACUGCGAGCGGCUCUUUGGGUCCCUGGGCGAGCACCACGUGAUGGCCCCGCUCUUCAUCCACUUGAACAAGACCCAGCCCUGGUCUCCUUGCAGCGCCAUGUACCUCACCGAGUUCCUGGACGGGGGGCAUGGUGACUGCCUGCUGGAUGCCCCGGCCAAGCCCGUGUCGCUGCCUGCCGAGCUGCCCGGACAAAGAGCCCUGUACAGCCUGGACCAGCAAUGCCAGCAGAUCUUUGGCAAGGACUUCCAGCACUGCCCCAACACCACGGAGGAGGAUAUCUGUGGCCAGCUGUGGUGCAGGAUGGGCAGUGGGGAGCCCCUCUGCCACACCAAGAAUGGCAGCUUGCCGUGGGCUGAUGGAACCCCCUGCAAAGCUGAGGGGCUGUGCUGGGAUGGGCACUGUGUGCAGCAGGAUGCCCUGAAACCCCAGGCAGCGCUGGACGGCGGCUGGGGCCCGUGGAGCGCGUGGGGCUCCUGCUCCAGGAGCUGUGGUGGAGGCAUCCAGUUCUCACACCGGCACUGCGACAGCCCCAGGCCCCAGCAUGGCGGCAGCUACUGCCAGGGCCAGAGAACCAAGUACCAGUCCUGCCACACCGAGGAGUGCCCGCCCGAUGGGAAAAGCUUUCGGGAGCAGCAGUGUGAGAAGUACAACAGCUACAACUUCACUGACCUGGAAGGGAACCACUUGGAGUGGGUUCCUAAGUAUGCGGGAGUGUCCCCCCGAGACAGAUGCAAACUCUUCUGCCGAGCCCGAGGGAGGAGUGAAUUCAAAGUCUUUGAGGCCAAAGUGAUCGAUGGGACGCUGUGUGGCCCAGAGACCCUCUCCAUCUGUGUCCACGGGCAGUGCAUCAAGGCUGGCUGUGAUCACGUCAUUGGGUCCUCCAAGAAGCUGGACAAGUGCGGGGUGUGCGGUGGCAAUGGCUCCACUUGCAGGAAAAUAUCUGGCUCGCUCAACAGAUCCAAAUAUGGCUACAAUGACAUUGUCACCAUCCCUGCCGGAGCCACCAACAUCGACAUCAAACAGCGCAGCCACCGAGGGGUGCGGCAUGACGGGAAUUACCUGGCCCUGAAGACCCUUGAGGGCAAGUACCUGCUGAACGGAGACUUUGCCAUCUCAGCCAUGGAGCAGGACAUCCUCAUUAAGGGCACCAUCCUGAAAUACAGCGGCUCCAUGACGACUCUGGAGAGGCUGCAGAGCUUCCGACAGCUCCCAGAGCCCCUGACCGUCCAGCUGCUGACGAUUGCCAGCGAGGUCUUCCCACCAAAAGUCAAGUACACCUUCUUCAUCCCCAAGGACGUCCCUUUCAGCAAGCAGAAGGGCAAAGAGAAGAAGUCAGUCAAUGUCAUCCGACCGAUGCUGACCUCCCAGUGGGUGUUGGGUGACUGGUCCGAAUGCUCCAAGACGUGUGGCUCCGGCUGGCAGCGGCGGACGGUGGAUUGCCGGGAUGUGGAGGGUCAAACCUCCUCUGCCUGCAACAGAUCCCUCAAGCCUGAGGACAUCAAGCCCUGUGGAGACACGCCCUGCCCUCUCUGGCGCCUGGGCCCCUGGUCCCCCUGCUCCCAGACGUGCGGCGAGGGCGUGCGGACGCGCAGCGCCUCCUGCAUCGAUUACACCGGGAAGAUCACCGCCCCGGAGAAGUGCAGCCCACCGGGGCCAGCGCCAGCCACCUCGGCCUGCGUGCUGCGGCAGUGCUGA